CCAGCCUCUAAAGCCUCUAGUGGCUGUCUCAUUGACAGCCGCUAGAGGCGUUUGCGUGCUUUUCACUGUGAAAAUCACAGUGAGAAGACGCAAGCGUCCAUAGGAAAGCAUUGUGAAUGCUUUCCUAUGAGACCGGCUGAAUGCGCGCGCAGCUCCUGCCGCGCAUGCGCAUUCAGCCGAAGAGGAGGAGGAGAGCUCCCCACCAGGCGCUGGAGAAAAGGUAAGAUUUAACCCUUUCCUCGCCAUCCAGCCCAGCGGGAGGGGGUCCCUGAGGGUGGGGGCACCCUCAGGGCACUAUAGUGUCAGGAAAACGAGUAUGUUUUCCUGGCACUAUAGUGGUCCUUUAAGUUAUAACAUUUCUUUCACUAAACUAUAAAAAAAAAUGCUUCCUAUGUAUAACCCCCGGAACCUUCUUUCAGAGUGCUUAGUUGAAAAGGGGAAUGCGUGCGUUGCACCAAAUCCAGUAACAUCCCGGCGUGCAUUGGGGCCGUUCUUUCUCUUCCGGUUUGUGAAUCUCGCUGCUGGAGUAGUGGUGAGUGUUCGAAGCCAUGGAUGAUUUAUUUUAUCCGAUUCCAUCCUCAUUUAAUGGGGGAUAUAUCGGCACGAACUGGGCUCGGUUACCACGUAGAGCGCCAGAGGGUCAUUGAGAGUGGUGUAUUUAUGGCUUUUAAUCUGUAUAAAUGGAUGAAAUAGUAGCCUUCUCUGCUUAGAAAAUAUGAACCAGUAUCUAUGAUAGAGUACUGAUAAUACUUAAUACUAAGUGUAUUAUACAGGAGAUUUCUGGUGGGGCCAUCUAUGUAUUUAUUUAUUUUUUUACGAAGUUGAAGUUCUUUUGAUCUUAUUGAUCAGAUGUAGUUAUAUCAGAAUGUCUGCAAUACCCCGACUAGUUUAAAUGGAAGGAAAAGAAACCACUUUCUGCCACAGCCAGUUUUAUCUUGACAUCAUGCUUGCACUUCUUGCUUAUAGAUACAUGCCCUGUUCCUAAUUUUAAACAGAUUAAGUACUGGAGAACAUAAGCACUUAAUACAUUCAGUGUAAGUUGGCAUUCACUUGGUACCCAUGAUUUGGAAAUGUAAUGGGAGCUACUUACUACUAAUUUCAGGAAUUUUACAAUGACAUGUAUGUCAUGUUUAUAUAUGUGUAUUUAUAUAUUUGUUUACAGUUAAGGCAAGGUGUAUAUGUGAUUUCUGGAUGUGAGAGAAUAAGCACAAAACCCAAAGUUGUAUAAAAAGUACAAAUUGGGUUGUUAAACUUUGAAUUUCAGUGAAUUAAAAUCCAAAUGGCAAAAUCGAUAAUCUAAAAGUGUGUGUGUAUGUAUGUAUAUAUAUAUAUAUAUAUAUAUAUAUAUUUUUUUUUUUUUUCUUUGCGCUCAUUUGCAUACACCUAAACAGAAUCCCUUGCAGCAGUGAGAGCACUGUUAAAGUGAGAUUUCUGUGGGAAAAGCAAGUCGUAUGGCUUGACUUGGUGUGUGUAUUUGUGUUUAGCAUUGUAUUAACUAUCCACUUCAGGUGGAAGGGGUUUUCAUCCACACUUUUUUCCCCACCACAACUAUAUUGUGUGUGUGUGUGUGUGUGUGUGUGUGUGUGUGUGUGUGUGUGUGUGUGUAUAUAUAUAUCUAUCUAUCUCUGUUACACACACACUAAACUUCAUGUAUGUUAUGUAUAAGUCUUGAGCUAUAUAUUUUUUUUAAAUGCAUGAAUUCCAUAAUAUGGAAUAAGUGCAUCUAUGCUAUAGAAUACUCCUUUAAUAGAAACAUAGAAUGUGACGGCAGAUAACCAUUUGGCCCAUCUAGUCUGCCCAAUUUUCUAAAUACUUUCAUUAGUCCCUGGCCUUAUCUUAUAUCUAGGAUAGCCUUAUGCCUUUCCCAAGCAUGCUUAAAGUCCUUUACUGUGUUAAUCUCUACCACUUUAGCCGGAGGACUAAGCAGUAUUCUGAAAAUAUUUAAACUUUCUCAUAUAACAGUUUGUGAUAAGCAUAUAAUAGAAGAACAUUAUGUGGCUUAUUGUAUAUUUUCACUGUGCAUUAUUAAGGCUUUUUUUUCUUAACAGGAUUGAUCAUGGCAAAGUCCAAGAAUCACACCACCCACAACCAAUGUGAGUAUUUUUAUUAUGCACAAUAAUUGAUGAAAAGCUGAGUUUUAAAAAAAUAUUGUGAUAGAUUACUCUGCAUAAAUGUAUAAUUUAAAGGGACACUAUAGGCACUAUAGGCAUCCAGACCACUUCAGCUCAUUGAAGUGGUCUGGGUGCACUGUCCCAUUCCCCUUAACCUUACAAUUUUAAUUAUUGCAGGUUUUUUUAUUGCAUUUUUCUCAUAUACAAAAACAUAAACACAAAAUAAUUGCAAGUGCCCUUUUAUGUCCUAUAUAACAGUAACUUCCAUACUUGUUCCCUUUUUUUAUUUUUUUUCCCUUUCUUAACUUUUUUCCUUACCUUUCCUUUCUCUUUUUUUACCCUUUUGCUUUCAGAAUUAUAAAGUAGAGUCACCAAUAAAUUACUAAUUUAUUUACAUUUACACAGUCACCUAAAUAUCCCUUGAGAGAGUCACAGAGAAAUAUCUUUAUUAACCGUAUCUGAUUGUAAAUAUAUAUAUAUAUAUAUAUAUAUAUAUAUAUAUAUAUAUAUAUAUAAUUUUAUUUUUAGCCAAAAUUCCAAGAUCUUUUUGUUUGUUCUAUUUUUUGGCAGCCCUUUUCCAUUGCCAGAUUAUUUGUUCGGUUAAUGUCUCCAGUUUAGGAAUGUUACUUGUUUUCCAGUUUUUUGCAAUCAUUUAGUUUUACCCCAGUUAGUAUAUGUAAAAUUAUAUGAAGGAUAUCUUUCAGUAUUAUUCAUCUUUAAAUGUAGUAGUGCCAGUUCUGGGCUUUUUUUUCUAGUUUCUUAUUACUUAAAGGACCACUAUAGUGCCCUGAGGGUGCAUACUUACUUUGUCUUUUCCGCAUCUCCAACAGUAAAUAUCUGAAUCUCCGCUACUAUCUUUCAAUUUCUCCGUUCUUGCUGGUACCCAGUACAAUCUGUUGUGUACCUUAUAUUGCGUUUCCUUUAAAUUAAUGCCCAAUGUAUGUAUUUGUAUGUGAUGUCAUGGGAUCUUUCCCAUACAUAUUGAUCUUAAGGUCUUGUUCCCAAUUUUUUAUGGCUGUAGGUUCAGUUCUAGAUGACAUUUUAUAUACAAUUUGGGCACACUUAGACAUGAAACCUUUUUAUAGUUAUCUUGUUGUAGUAACAUUUUUCAGUCUUUAAUUAUUUCUGAGCAUCCUUUGUACAGAUAUUUCGAGAUAAAGCCUCCAAAUCUCAAGUAGUUAAAAAUGUAUUUAUUCGGAAUGCUAUACUCUGAAACAAGUCUGGGAAAAGAUUUUAUUUUAUUUUAUUUUGGUCUGCCAUUUCUUUUAAUUUUGUAAUACCGUUAUAAAAUACAAAAAUGAUUGCCGUUUUUGAUCAAAUACAAUAAUUACAUUAGAGGGUUAACUCCACCUCUAGUGGUUGUCUACCAGACAGCCACUAGCGGAACUUCCGGGUUGUUAAGCAACUUUUGGUAACCUAAGACAGCAUAGGAAAACAUUCUACAAUGCUUUCCUGUUUGUGAAGUCCUAAUGCGAGCAUGGCAUUUUCCGAGGGACAUAGUUUUUGGAGUUUUUCUAGCACUAUAGGUUCCCUUUUAAAGGUAUACUUGAAGCACAAUCACUAUUACAGAUUAUUGUAGUGGUUAUGGUGCAAGAUGACCAUGUCAUAGUAGUUUUCAAGCUGGAGUCUAUGUCAAUUUGGCAUUGCCGAAAAGGUUAAUGGUGAUUUGUUGUUACCAGAGCUUGCUUACUCUCUUGGAUAUUUCGCUUCCUCAUUACUGCACUACAAAUAGGAUGUGCUUUGGUCCUCCAGUAUUAGACAAAUUGAUAUGAUUAAAAUCAGGUGGAACCUCAUAUCCAGCCUAUACUAUAAGCAUUUCAAUAAGUUAUGGUGAUUGGAGUGUACCUUUUAAAAUUCAGGUGAGUAAAGUAUGUAUGAAUGAGGACCUUUAGUCAAUACUCCAAAAUGACAUGUUUCCACAAGGAAGGUAUUGGGUGCCACAGCUACUUGAAACCUUUGACUUAUUUAUUUUUAUCCUGCAAAAAAUAAGCUGGUAAAGUGCUGUCUACACCUUUCUAUAGCUGUGGGUUAUAUCUCCUGGUUUAGUAUAACUGUUUGUAGCUUUUAGCCUGUAGGUACUUAUUGUGCUCACUUUUUUUUUCACAGCUCGUAAAUGGCACAGAAAUGGCAUUAAGAAGCCCAGAUCACAGAGAUAUGAAUCUCUCAAGGGGGUAAGUAUUUUUUUGCUUUGUGUUGCCUUAUUUGUAUAUUACAUAUGUAAUAUUUUUUUGUAUUUUAGUAGCAGGUGAGUUUCCAGCAUUUUUGACUGCUUAAGGGUCAAUAAUUAAUACUACCAUCACCAUCUCAUCCCUAGAAACCCUAUGCCAAGUAGGGAAUGUUGUGCUUAUUUAGCAUUAGCUGCUGUUUUAAAUACUUGCCAUAUUCUAACAAAUGAGGCACUAAAUUCAUCGUCAUUGGUUAAAGUUGAGUUUGUUGGCUAGAAUGUAUUACCCCAAUAUUGGGCCAACAUGCAGUUUAUAAAACUGCAUCCUUAAAGGAACUUUAAACGCACCAUAACCUCUACAGCACACUUUAGCUUCUGCCUACAGUCCAUCAGGCAUAGAGCAGGAAGCCUUCUGUCUGAGCUAAGCUUGUUUUUGCAGGACUUGGCUUAAGAGAGUAAAAGGAAGCUCUUAAGCAGGAUCUUCUUGCUCUGACAGAAGUAUUGGGGUUGGGCAACAUUGCUUUGAGAAGCCCAGCUAAGAAAAAUGUAUACAGUGUUUGAAGUGUUGCUUUAACAAAGACUAGCUUGACUAUUUAAAAAUUAUUGAAUUGUGUGGGAUCAUACCAGGUAACUGCACAUUUUUGACUGAAUUGGAAAUUUCUCACAAGACAACUUUCUUGCUUAGCAAUUUAUACUUUAAACUUACAGUUCUCUGAAAUAACAAUUUAAAGUUUUGUGAGUAACUCUGUGGCAACCUCAUUAGAGAUAUCUUUGCCAGAAGCUCAAGGAAGCAAGGAGAAUGGCUAGUGUAGGCCUCUUAUGACCAUUGGAGUAACUAUCCUCCAUUUGUUUAAAUAUACAUAGGGAUUUGGGAAAGAGUGCAGGUAAUUUUUAUAAAAUUUUUUCCCCUUUUGGUUUAUACACUAGAAAAUGCCAUCUUUUUGAAAAUGGCAAUAUAGAUGUACAGCAUUAGAUCCAUUUUUUUUUUCCAGAAAUGAAAAUAUAUGAAAUAAAAAUGCAUGUUUUAUUGUGUUUUGCAAACUGACAUUCAAUUUCUUUGUCAUUCCAGGUUGAUCCAAAGUUCAUGAAGAAUCUGCGUUUUGCAAAGAAACACAAUAAGAAAGGAUUGAAAAAGAUGCGAAUAAACAAUGCAGCAAAUGCAGCCCUUGCAGCCAGUGCAAGAAGUGCACCUGUCGCAAAACCAUAGUCUUUUCUAGAUAAUAUGCUGGGACUUUGCAACAUCGUCAUUUUUACUGUUCUGUGCCCAUGAAUAAUGUCACUUUAUUAAAUUUAAAGUUGAAACACAAAUUUAUGGUCUCUU